AGGCUUUGUCCUAAUUAACAAUUAGCAUAUAACCUCCACUGCCGCUGUGUCUCGGUCGCUCCAUUUCUCUGGGGUUUUUCAACGAUAAGAAAUACCGAGCUUCCAUUGUUAUGGCCGCCUGAGCAAUUUAUCCAUCUUCCUUCUCUCUAGACCUCUUUCUUCCUGUCGCUUAAUUAAUCGUUGGUUAAGUAGAAGUGCUUUUCAAGGAUGGAUAAAAAUGAAGAUACUGGUAGCCCUGGUUGGAGAGCUUCACUUUUCUUGCAGACCACAGAAGAUGUUGCACGAACUGUUGCAGCUGCAGCUGCUGCAGCCACUGCUCCUCGUUCACCACGUCCCUCUGUAGUAUUUUCUUCAAAAGACGAUCAAGGCUUUAGCCAGUUUCAGAAGCUACAGCGCCAUGUUUCGAGAGUGCUAAAAGGCUUCUCAUCUCCUCCUCCUGAAGUGAAAGGUGGAACUUACAAUCCUGAAGUUCUAACUAGCCAAAAGCGUCAAUGGGCUAAAUUUCAGUUGCAGUACUUGGAUCAUAGGUCUUUAAAGGAGCCAUCAAGGCUUUUUGAGAGCAUGGUAGUUGUUGGACUUCAUCCUAAUUGCGAUCUUCAGGCACUUCACAGGCAAUAUGUUACUCGAAAAUCUGAAGUUUCUGGAAGAUUGCAAGGUUCACUUGGUUCUCAGAAUCAGUCUCGUGUAGAACCCAUUCUUGAGCCUCAAGUCUUAUUUGUUUAUCCUCCAGAGAAACAAUUGCCUCUCAAAUACAAGGAUCUCAUAUCAUUCUGCUUCCCUGGAGGCCUGGAGGUCCAUGCUGUUGAGAGAACUCCUUCAAUGAGUGAAUUGAAUGAAAUUCUUCUUGGUCAGGAGCACCUUAAACAAAGUGACCUGUCAUUUGUAUUCCGGUUACAGGUUGCUGAUGAUUCUACAUUGUACGGUUGCUGUGUAUUGGUGGAUGAAAUUGUGCAAAAACCCUCUGGCUUGCUUUCCAUGAUUUCAGAUAAGCGCCCCUCCUGCUCAUCUUUGAGCCGUUAUGUACUAACCACACGCAGAUGUUACUGCAUCCUUUCACGGCUUCCAUUCUUUGAACUGCAUUUUGGUGUUCUGAACAGCAUCUUCACAGAAGAGAGGCUGGAACGGUUAACAAAAGACAUUGGUGUCUUGGAUUUGGAAUCCUUGGAGGGUUAUAGUGAAGAAGAAAAUUUAGAGGACAAUGUAGAUGGUAUAUCACCACACUUUAGGGAUUCAGGGGAAGUGCUUGAUGGAGGAGCAGGGAUUUUCCAAUCAAGCUCAAGUGAUUCUGUGCCUGGAGGUGUAGUGAAUGAUGGCAAUGACCUGGAGCAUCAAAUUCCUGAGGAGCAGAUUCAAUUGUCAAACAAAGGGAAUGAGGAUAAUGUUGUUCUGGUUGAUUCUGAAACAGAGAUAGGCAUUCACAAAGAAGAAUCUGGAGGUAGAAAGCUUGAAGUUUGUGAAAUUGAUGUGGAUGAUUUAUCAAACAAACAAGCAGAAGAAAGACAUUUACCAAAUGCUGUUCUUCCACUCCUACGCUAUUAUCAAUAUGAAAGCUCAGAGUCUUCUUCAAGUUUCCAGGGUUCUCCUAGUGAAGGCCAGAACUUUAGGAGUGAUAUUGAUGAUACAGAGACAGAAGACACAUCUUCCUCUGGCCAGGAGGAUUCUAAUGAUCACCUGGAUAUUCUUGAAUGGGCCAAGGCAAACAACUAUGGAUCACUGCAGAUAGUGUGCAAGUACUAUCAGUUGCAUUGUCCUUCUAGAGGUUCAACAAUUAGAUUUCAGCCUUUGGAGCAUCUUAAUCCUUUGGAAUAUCACAGACUAGAUGAAACAGUUCUACAUAUUGCUGGCUCAACUAUUGAUUUGAGAUCUUGCAAUACAAGUCUGGAAUUUGCUGAGGCACAUAGUGCACUCUCGGCAGAGGAGGAAGCAAUUGCACUAUCAACAUGGGCUGUUGCAUGCAUAUGUGGAUCCUUGCGUCUAGAGAAUGUGUUGACACUGUUUGCCGGAGCACUGCUGGAGAAGCAGAUUGUGGUUGUUUGCUCUAAUUUGGGAAUCCUAUCUGCGUUGAUCUUAUCAAUUGUCCCUCUAAUCCGUCCCUAUCAAUGGCAAAGCCUAUUAAUGCCGAUUUUACCAGAUGAUAUGCUGGACUUUUUGGAUGCACCAGUUCCUUACAUAGUUGGUGUAAAGAACAAAACCAGUGAAGUACAGUCAAAAUUGAGCAAUACCAUACUGGUUGAUGCUAACAAGAACCAGGUAAAAUCACCAACACUACCACAACUGCCAAAACACAAGGAGUUAUUUUCAUCCUUAAGUCCUUAUCAUGCAAAGCUUGUGGGAGAAAGUUAUUUGGCAAGGAAAAGGCCAGUUUAUGAGUGCACAGAUGUGCAGGUUGAAGCUGCUAAGGGUUUUUUAGCAGUUUUAAGAUCUUACCUGGAUUCACUCUGCUCUAAUUUGCGGUCACACACAAUUACAAAUGUACAGUCCAAUAAUGACAAGGUGUCAUUGCUCUUAAAGGAGAGUUUCAUAGACUCCUUUCCUUAUCGUGAUCGACCUUUCAUGAAGCUCUUUGUAGACACACAGCUCUUCUCUGUACAGACAGAUCUUGUUCUCUCUUUUUUCCAGAAGGAAUAGUGCUGCUAUGCAAGGUUUGCCUGUAACUAUAUUGAUCUGUUGUAACUUGAACACAAGUUCAGCAUACUCAUAAAUAUUUGGCCAAUGGCCAUUUAGUAAAAGUACACUAUUGCUAGAAGCACCGAGCAUGCCCCUGGUUCAGAGCUUGCCAAAAGGGGUGGGAAGAAUGCCUGUGAGCAGUCUAUGGGAGGUAUAGUAAUAGGAAAAAGUGAUGUGUAAUGUCACAUAUUAUUUUAUUUAUAUAUUAGUGGAAAUUUUGCUUAA